AUUGAAGAACCUUGUCCUCAUUGUGAAGAACCUUGUCCUCAGAGUGAGGAACCUUGUGCUCAGAGUGCAGAAUCUUGUCCACAGAGUGAGGAACCUUGUCCUCAGAGUGAAGAACCUUGUCCUCAUAGUGAAGAACCUUGUCCUCAAAGUGAGGAACCUUGUCCCAGAGUGAGGAACCUUGUCCUCAGAGUGAAGAACCUUGUCCUCAGAGUGAAGAACCUUGUCCUCAGAGUGAAGAACCUUGUCGUCAGAGUAGGAACCUUGUCCUCAGAGUGAAGAACCUUGUCCUCAGUGUGAGGAACCUUGUCCUCGGAGUGAAGAACCUUGUCUUCAGAGUGAAGACCUUGUUUUCAUAGUGAAGAACCUUGUCCACAGUGUGAGGAACCUUGUCCUCAGCAUGAAGAACCUUGUCCUCAGAGUGAAGAAGCUUGUCCUCAGAGUGAAGGACCUUCUCGUCAGAGUUUAAAUAACCUUGUCUUCAAAGUGAGGAACCUUGCCCGCAGUGUGAGGAACCUUGUCCUCAGAGUAAAAAACCUUGUCUUCAGAGUGAAGGACCUUGUCCUCAGAGUUUAAAUAACCUUGUCCUCAAAGUGAGGAACCUUGUCCACAGUGUGAGGAACCUUGUUCUCAGAGUGAGGAACCUUGUCCUCAUAGUGAGGAAACUUUGUCCUCAGAGUGAAGAACCUUGUCCUCAGAGUGAAUAACCUUGUCCUCAUUGUUAAGAACCUUCUCCUCAGGGUGAAGAACCUUGUCCUCAGCGUGAAGAACCUUGUCCCCAGAGUGAAGAACCUUGUCCUCAUAGUGAAGAACCUUGUCCUCAGAGUGGAGGACCUUGUCCUCAGUGUAAGAAUCAUUGUCCUCAGGGUGAAGUCUCAGGUAAGAACCUUGUCCUCAUAGUGAAGUACCUUGUCCUCAGAGUGAGGAACCUUGUCCGCAGAGUGCGGAACCUUACCUCAGUUAGGUAAAUAACCUUGUGCUCAACGGAACCUUUUACCUCAGGGUGAAGAACUUUGUCCUCAGAGUGAAGAACCCAGCACCCAGUCCUCAGAAUCUUGUCCACAGUGUGAGGAACCUUGUCCUCAGAGUGAAGAACCUUGUCCUCAUAGUGAAGAACCUUGUCCUCAGAGUGAGGAACCUUGUGCGCAGAGUGAAGAACCUUGUCCUCAAAGUGAAGAACCUUGUCAGAGAGGAACCUUGUGCUGCAGAGUGAAGAACCUUGUCCUCAAAGUGAAGAACCUUGUCCUCAGAGUGAGGAACCUUGUCCUCAGAGUGAGGAACCUUGUCCUCAGAGUGAAGAACCUUGUCCUCAGAGUGAAGAACCUUGUCCUACAGGUGAAGAACCUUGUCCUCAGAGUGAAGAACCUUGUCCUCAGAGUGAAGAACCUUGUCCUCAGAAUGAAUAACCUUGUCCUCAAAUUGAGGCACCCUGUCCUCAGAGUGAGAUAGCUUGUCCUCAGUGUGAGGAACCUCGUUUUCAGUUUGAGGAAUCUUCUCCUCAGAUUGAAGAACCUUUUUCUCAGAGUGAAGAACCUUGUCCUCAGAGUGAAUAACCUUGUCUUCAGUUUUAAGAACCUUGUCUUCAGGGUGAAGAACCUUGUCCUCAAGGUGAAGAACCUUGUCAUCAGCAUGAAGAACCUUGUCCUCAUAAUGAAGAACCUUGUCCUCAGAGUGAAGAACCUUGUCCUCAAUGUGAGGAACAUUGUCCUCAGGGUGAAAAACCUUGUCCUCAGCGUGAAGAACCUUGUCCUCAGAGUGAAGAACCUUGUCCUCAUGAAGAACCUUGUCUCAAUGAAGAACCUUGUCCUCAGAGAACCUUGUCCUCAGAGUGA